GUGAACCGCCGGUGGAGACGCGUUUGGGUAAACACCAAAAACAAGAUUUGAAAGGACAAAAGCCUCAAACCCCUACCCCACACUAGACAAAUCCGUAAUCCCUCCCAAAAAUCUCGCCAUAUAAAGCACGACUUUCUUGACCUGGUAAACCUUGUCAACCACAACUCAAAACUCUUUCUCCCCAACAUUUGCAGUUUGCAAUGUUGUUGUUCUUCCCCUGUUUUUUCUUUUACCCAUUUUUUUGAUCGACAUACCCUCUUACUCCUCUGAUAUAAUUAAUAGUAACAGCAGUACAUAAUCUACUGCAAUUUUAAUUAAUACUCCCACAACUAGUUGGUCCAUUCUACCUGUUUGUUUGACUGCAUUAAUUUCUUACUCAGUUUGUUUUUCUACUUUUGAUAUCUUCUUCUCCCCUGCUAAUUCUUGGUUGAAGGGUUAGUUUUCUAGAGCUUUGUUUGGUAAACCCACUUGCUCUUUUUACUUGAUCUUGUCUUUGCUAUGACAUUGUCCUCAUUUUCUGGGUUUUUAUGUUUAGUUGAGGAGUUUCAACUUUCAAGGAUUUAGCUUUCUUUUUUUUUACUGAGUGCUAUCCUUAUUGUUUUAGUUCCAAUAUUUUGCAAUAAACUUGGAUUGCUUGAAGAUUUGUGGGUUUUUUUUUGGCUUAGAGUUUUGAUCUUUAUAAGUUUUGUGCUCAAGUUCAUAUGGAAUGUGAGCCAUUGUUGUACUUAAGCAGAUUGAAGCUUCUCUAAUUCAUAUUAAAUUGAUAUUAGUUGUGGAAUCUGUUGAUUUUAAAUCAAUCAAGUUAAAUCAGUUUGUUGUUCAAGUUUGAGUUGGAUUUGAAGGGUUUGACUUUGUUUAAGUUUCUGAUCUUGAUCUUAGAUCUUAAUUUAUGCAAUUAGACGUCUGGUAGCAUUGGAUCUUGAUGUUAAAGAUAGAGGGUGUAAUAAGAAGAAGUUGAUUUGAGGGAUUUAGAUGGGAAAUACUUGUGUUGGACCGAGUAUUUCAAGGGAUGGCUUCCUGCAAACAGUUUCAGCUGUAGUAUGGCGAAGUCGAUCACCGGAUGAUACAGCUUCUGUUUCCAAUGGAGAUAGUCAUCAUUCACCUUCUUCCCCAUCUCCUGCCCCUAAAGAAGGGGAAGGGACUUUGCCCACCCAAAGUGAACCUCCUAAACAAAUCACUAUGCCAAAACCCGAAACUGAGCAAACACCAGUGUCGAAACCAGUAGUUGAACCAGUGGUAAUUCCGAAAGCAGAAGCUGAACCAGUGGAACAAGCAAAACCAAAAAAGCCCAUUCAGUUCAAAAGAGUACCGAGUGCAGGGCUCCGAGUGGAGUCUGUUUUGCUAAAAAAGACAGGAAAUAUUAAGGAGUUCUACAGUUUGGGUAAAAAAUUAGGACAAGGGCAGUUUGGGACAACAUUUAUGUGUAUAGAGAAGGCUACUGGGAAGGAGUAUGCCUGUAAAUCAAUAGCAAAGCGGAAGCUGCUGACUGAUGAGGAUGUGGAGGAUGUAAGGAGGGAAAUUCAGAUAAUGCACCAUCUUGCAGGGCAUCCUCAUGUUAUUGCUAUCAAAGGAGCUUUUGAGGAUGCAGUGGCAGUUCAUCUUGUGAUGGAACUCUGCAAAGGGGGUGAACUUUUCGAUAGGAUCAUUCAGCGUGGACAUUAUACAGAACGACAGGCAGCUGAUCUUGCACGGACUAUUGUUGGUGUUGUGGAAACUUGCCACUCUUUAGGAGUAAUGCAUCGUGAUCUCAAACCAGAAAAUUUUCUCUUUGUGAGUCAGGAGGAGGAUUCACCCCUCAAAACUAUUGAUUUUGGACUUUCAAUAUUUUUUAAGCCAGGUGAGAAGUUCACUGAUGUGGUUGGGAGCCCUUACUAUGUUGCACCUGAAGUUUUGCGGAAACGUUAUGGUCCAGAGGCAGAUGUCUGGAGUGCCGGAGUCAUAAUUUACAUCUUACUUAGUGGAGUACCUCCAUUCUGGGGAGAAUCUGAGCAAGGGAUAUUUGAACAAGUCCUGCAUGGAGAUCUUGACUUCUCCUCAGAUCCUUGGCCCAGUAUCUCAGAAGAGGCAAAAGAUCUGGUGAGGGGAAUGCUCGUUCGUGAUCCUAAAAAACGAUUGAGUGCACAUGAAGUUCUAUGCCAUCCUUGGGUGCAGGUUGAUGGUGUAGCCCCUGACAAACCUCUCGAUUCUGCUGUUUUGAGUCGUCUGAAGCAGUUCAGGGCCAUGAAUAAACUCAAGAAAAUGGCUCUUAGAGUGAUUGCAGAUUGCCUGUCUGAAGAAGAAAUUGCAGGCCUCAAAGAGAUGUUCAAAAUGAUAGACACGGACAAUAGUGGCCAAAUCACUUACGAGGAACUCAAGGUUGGACUUGAGAAGGCUGGUGCAAACCUCAAGGAGUCUGAAAUAUAUGAUCUUAUGCAAGCAGCUGAUGUUGAUAACAGUGGAACAAUUGAUUAUGGAGAGUUCAUCGCUGCAACAUUACAUCUGAACAAAAUUGACAAACAUGAUAAUUUAUUUGCGGCAUUUAAUUACUUUGACAAGGACGGAAGUGGUUAUAUUACUGCAGAUGAGCUGCAGCAAGCCUGCGAAGAGUUCGGAAUGCAAGAUGCACGGUUGGAGGAAAUGAUUAGAGACGCUGAUCAAGAUAAUGAUGGGCGUAUUGACUACAAUGAGUUCGUCGCAAUGAUGCAAAGUGGAAAUCCGAGACCAGCUCCAGGUAAAAAGGAUCAAGAGAGCAAUUUCAACAUUGGGUUGAGAGAAGCACUGAAGCUUUAGUUGUGCAUUCCCUGGGGUCGAGGAUAAUUUUUGUUCUAAUUGAUCUUUCUUCCCCCUUUAAAUUGUGUACUUUUUUUUUUUAUCACUAGUAAUUUGUGGUUACCUGUGUUAAAAAUGAGGCUGUAUAGUGGAGCAUGCUCUUAAUUCAUGGCUCUUAGUCUUAGCUGCAUAUGUGGGUUCUGUAUUUUUAAUAGAUUUUGCAACUCCAAAGAGACUUUUACACUUACAAUUUACAACUUGAGGCGAAAAAUUAUAUGUAUUUUUUUUUUCUUUUUGCAGCCUAUUAAAUUAAAUAUUAUUUAAUUUUUA